GCGUGUUUGAUGUUACGCGUAUUUGAACGAAUAUGCGAGGAAAGUUCGUUCGGGUGGCCGCGCAAACGAGCCGGGCACGUCUGUCGUUUCUAUUUGCCCCGAUGGAUCCCUUCAGAAAGCGAAACACAAUGCUCGUGAAGGAGGAAACGCAGGAAGAACUGGAGAAGGGAUGACGAGCAGACAGGCGAUAGGAGGAGUUGCAACAAGAAGGGAAAUUGUGUAAUUUAUUCAACUGAGCAAGGGGCCAACAUUAGUUCGAAAAUCUUGAGAACGACACGUUCCAUUCGUUCACUUGCGUAAUCGGAAUCCAUCGAAUCAUCGUUGCGAUCAAAGUUAAUGUUCGAUCAGUGUUAAUCAGUUCUGUAGGAUUACAGAAAUGUCGGUGGAUAUUUAGGACUAUUUGGAUAAUAUGGAUUGUACUCGUACAUAUUUAGAAAAAUUAAUUGAUCGAAAACUUGAAAGUCUGACUACGAGAGAUCCUAUUUUACUUCCAAACUUGUUAGAUUCUAGCAAGGCUGUGAAAUUACAAAAUUACCAAAUAAUUUUUGAAGUCAACAAAACUUUGUUUCUGGCUAGGCCUCGAUUCGUUUUUUAUGUCUACGAUUUCGUUUAUCCCAGCUGUUAACUCAGCCCUUCUGCGUUGCUCAACUGUUUCCUCUCUGAAAAGGAAACGGGUCUCAUCGCGGACACAGUGCACGCUAUCUUACUAACACACCUACUUAAAGAGCGCAAAGGAAGGUCAGUCUAUUAAUAGUGUAACCUGGGAUCAUCGGGCUCUCGACCAUCGAGAGUUCUAUCGUUGUCUUACAUAAUGGAAUAUUGCGCUGGUUCGUUUAGAGAUGCGACUAUCAACCGUCCAAGAUUGCCCGAUAAAUCCUUGUCUGUGAUGUAACCAUUUUCAGGUAAAAGAACAAUCAUUAUUAAAACGCGGACUUUUAAGUUUACCUCUUGUUUCGAAGAAGCAGAGGAAGAAGCUCAUCAAAAGCUCAUUCGUUAAGAAUUCCAGAUAAAAACCAUAAAUAAAACUUCCACUACGUAGAUGAUGCAUUAGCUAUUUAGAGACUUAAUUUAAUCUAAUUAUUGUAUUAUCGAGUUAUAUUCGUGGCAGGAACAAAAUGGGUAAGAAGAUUUGGUUUGACUAUUGGAGUUUAUUUUCAUCUCUCACGCAGAGAGUAUUUAAAUAUUAGUAGAUUCUUAUUCUCGCUUUAAUCGAUUUUAUAUUAGGUAUAUUAUGUUAUAGGUAUUACAUUGCACGAUCGACUUUAUAUUAUUUUUAAUCCACUAUAACUUAUAUAUUUUAUUUAUAGCUUGUGUAAGCGGUAAACAUUAUAAAAAUGCACCUACAUAUUAUGUGCAUUUUCUUUCAGUAACGACUAAUAACUGAGAAUAUAUGAGAGAUAUACAUUGUCAGAUUACUGUAAACUGUGUUAAAAUAAUGUCUCAACAUUCUGAUAAACAACGCGAAGAAGUAAAAUUCGCAUACGAUGCGAGCACUUGUACAAUGUUCGCGACUUUGUUACCACUAUGAGAAGCUAUCAACAGAGAGAACGAGAAUCUACUGGAUAAAGUGUGAAUCAAAAGAAGUGGGGACAUAGUGAGAAUGCUGCAAGCAUGCUGGUAACUUCGGCCGGUCGUGAAAGUGCCGUAAGUCACGUUUUAACGAGCGCCCGAUUUAUACCGUCGCGUCGCCGUUCCACUAACCUCGCAACGUUCAUACUGUUGAUACCAAGCUCACGCUUUCCGAUGCGAAAACUACGAAAUCGAUGCCUAAGCCAUGGAAAAAUAAACGUCGCCGAUCACUUUAAAUCGAUAUCAAGGUACAUUGUAAUGGCCGCGAAUUGCUAAAUAUUGUUUCUGUUUAUCGUUCGCAUGUAGCAUCGCGUUAAUUCGACGGGCGUGAAAACGAAAGGACAGAAAAUUUUUGACUUUGCGAUUGGUGAGAUAAUCGGAUCGUGUGUGUUACGCCGCCAUAUUUCGAAAUCUGGUCAAAUUUGUGUAAUUGCAGUCUUAUUAAAACUGAAAGUUACGACUAAUCGCGUACCUAGAUAACGAAAUUGAAAAAUGCAUAGAAAAUGGAAAAUCAAUUAAGUAAAAGGUUUUCACGAUCACGUGUUCAAACAUCCCCAUGGGCUAUUAAUUUCCCCUUCUGUAUUAUAUGGCGCGAGGGCACAAUGUUCGUUUUACCUCAGCUGAAAAUUAAUUUGUCUAUUAACUUAUCUUCGAGAUGAAUCGUCGUUUUUCUUGCGCUUCUAUGCUUCAUCUGUAUUCCGGGAGAGCCGCGAGCAUACUUUGUUUCCACUAUUGGUAAACGCACGUGUUCGCGUAGAUAUGCAAAUCGAUAUUGCCCACGUCGUUAUAUAGCAUCUAAUUGUCUGUCAUAAGCAUAUAACCGUGUUCUCCGUGCAGGUUUCUAUGCAUGUUUUGGCCUGCCCGUGCACAUAACGUACGUAUGCCCGGUUUAUGCGUGUUAGACAUAUCUGUUAUAGCUACGUUUACUAAUCGCAUGUUAUAUUUGUACCUCUGAAUAAUGAUAGGGAUUUCUAGAUGUACGAGCAGUCACUUCUCCAAUGAUUUACACUGUACGCUUCUGUUCGUAAUUGAAAUGCGUAACCGAUUUUU